CCCUGUCCUAAGAAGCAGAAUUAGCCAGGAAUGUUGUGCGCUCGUUUCCUUCAACCCUAGGAAGGAGGUGACGGCAUAAAGGGAAAACAAGGAGGGAAAUACACAUAGAUCCUUAAAGGGAUUUCAAAACAAACUAGAAAUAGGAGGAUAAAUUGGAUAAAAGGAAGAUGAACAUGCAGAUGCUUGUUGUUUGAUGUGGCCACUGAAGGCAUGUGGCUGCCUGCACAGAGCAUUUCCCUCCACGCUCCCUAGCCGACUGGUGGAAGAUCUGCAUUCAUGUGGCUGAGCGCUACAUGAUUUAUCUCCCCAAAAUAACGUGAGAAUACUUUCUUUGCGCCACUCGACACGGACAUAUCCAUGCUACUAUACGCUGGCUGACGCACUGACUUUGGGACUUUUAAAGAACGGAUCUAAAUCAGCUUGAACAACGUGAAGAACUGAGGCAGCCAAUGUGGAGCUCAGGAAGUGUAAACCGACCACCGCCGGUCCCUGCCUUCCUCAGGAACCCAUCUAUCCUCCCACCGCCCCUUGACAUGAAGCCUUUUCUCCAGUUUCCCCUGGAGUCGCCUCACCCAGCCAGCAUCGGCCUCUUCCACAACUUUAAUGCAAUGGACCCUGUCCAGAAGGCGGUGAUGACGCACACCUUCGGGCUUCCUAUCGUAAAGACAAAGAGGCCAAUAAUCUCCUGCAACGUUUGUCAAAUACGCUUCAACUCAGAGAGUCAAGCAGAAGCCCACUAUAAAGGGAACCGCCAUGCUCGAAGAGUGAAGGGUAUCGAGACAUCUAAGACGCCACGUCUCCAAGAUGGAGAUAAACAGCAGCCUCCGCCUCCAUCUUCCCCCUCUCCACCAGGCCUCCCACCAUCCAGCCCGAUGACUGAUCCUAAUCCUAACAAGCAGGAUGAUGCCCAGUCCUGUCCCAGCCUGAAAGAAUCACCCUUGACUCCAAACGACCUCUCAACAACUACGACGAACUCGGCAGAUGCAGAGUCAUCUGUCGGCACGCCUUUGCCAUCCUCGCCCUCCUCUUCAGCAGCCCUCAGUAGCUCCUCCGGGGACCCAGCAGCGGCUGCUCCACCUGACACCCCCUCCCCAGCACCGAGCCCGUCUUCGGGAGAGUCAGAGGAAGAGAAAGCCAAGAAGCUUCUCUACUGCUCUCUCUGCAAAGUGGCCGUAAAUUCCCUCUCACAGCUGGAGGCACAUAACAAAGGAACCAAACACAAAACAAUCCUGGAGGCACGGAGUGGAUUGGGUCCCAUCAAAGCGUACCCACGCUUGGGUCCUAAACCCAGCCCUGAGCAGGGAGGCGAGCUCUCCUCUGAUCCAAACACUCAGGAACGUACUUUCCACUGUGAGAUAUGCAACGUCAGAGUCAACUCUGAGCUGCAGCUUAAACAGCAUAUAUCCAGCAGAAGGCAUCGGGACGGAGUUGCGGGUAAACCUAAUCCUCUCCUCAGCCGGCACAAGAAGCGCACAGACUUUAUGGAACUUCCAAAAACACUCGGGCCUGGACUUUUACCAAGUCCUCUGGCUGUCGCAGCAGCGAUGGCAGCGGCAGCAUCCUCCAAUCAGCUGGCCCUACGCCCCCAUGGACUGACCUCCCAUCCUCACCCACACCUGCUACAGGGAACACCCCUCAGCCUGCUGAGGCCAGCCCCGGGUCCAAUCCGCACCGCACACGGGCCCAUCCUCUUCACUCCUUACUAACAGUGAGGGAAUAAAGAUGAAUCAGGAAGAAGCACACUGUGAACUGGAGGCAAUCAUGUGCCAUCGAGAGCCAAACUGGCUGGUCUGGCUGCACAUUUUGUUUUAUUUAUAUAAGAUAUAAAUAUUACUCCCCGUUGUGCUGAGAUGUGUCUGUCUUCUCUAGUUUCCCCUUCAAGAUCCGCGUACCAGUUGGUGAUCAAAAUCUGUGAGCUGAUCAUUUAAAGGGGGCUUCCUCAAGUAUUUCAAGUCUGCAGUUAAAUGUCUUCAACUAUUAUUCAGUGCCUUGCAAAUGUAUUCAUUCUCUUUGAAUUUUUUUUUUGUUGUUGCCGUUCUUCUGGGAUUUUUUGUGACGGACCAACACAAAGUCCACAAUAGGCUAACUUAAAAAUGAAAAUAUGAAAAGUGCCGUUGUCAUUUCUUUUCAACCCCUCGAAGUAAAGCCUUCCAGAACCACAUAUCGCAGCACUUAAAGCUGCAAACUGCAAGUCUUUCUAAAGAUUUGCUCCUUCUUCAGUCAGAUUUAGUUUUGGACGUUGACUGUGCCGUCAGCACUGGUAGUCUCCAUGUUGGAAGGGGAACCUCCAACCCGGUCUCCAGGCUUUUACAGCUUCAUGGAUUCUUUUUAGCAAACUACAAACAUGAUUUCAUAUGGCUUUCUUUCAAUAAUGGCUCUCUGCUUGCAUCUCCCAAAGUCAAAUUUAUGAAGCGUAAGUCUAUGUAGUUACUCUUACUAUUAGUUACUCUGGGCUUCUUGGCUGCAUCUCUGAUUCAUGCUGUCCUUGCUUUGAUAGAAAGGGCAUUUCUUUUUAGGUUUGCAGUUGUGUGAUAAUAAGCGGUGUUGUGUGAGAUGCUGAAACAUUUAGAUUUUGUUUUAUGACCACAACGUUCACUCUGGUCUUUCUGCUGUGUUCCACGGUCUUCAGGAUGCUUCAAACCCUUUUCUUAAGGCACUUGGUUGAGCUUGAUGUUCUAUAGGGUUAUUCGGGUAAAGGGGUCUGAAUUUAUUUGUAAAAAGAAAAAAUUAAUAGCUUUCCUUCCUACUAACAGUUACGUGCCACAUUGUGUUGGUCUAUCAUGUAAAAUCCCAAGAAAACAUGACAAAAUGUGAAAAAGUUCCAGAGGUAUAAAUAUUUCUGAAAGGCACUGUUAACAUCCUGUAUGUUGUACUCAAAACCCUACCUCUAUUUUGUUUAUUAUGUUCAUCUCUCUUUACUACAGAUUUACAACAAGUACACGAUAAAGCACAGCAUUAGACAUAGCAGAUGCAUCUGAAAUUAGUUGGACUCAUAUCAUAAUCCAUAGUGGAGUGGAUUGCACCACUAUUGUUCUGCUCUUGUGGCUCGGACAACAUGCAGAUGACUCUCUGUGAUUUAUGUUUUUGUUUUAUACUUUUUAACAGCUGGCCUAUAUUUGCUUCUGUGGGACACAACAACAAAAAAACGUCAAGGGAAUUAGCAAAUGACAGGGAAUUGCAUUGUGUCUUAAAAGCUGAAGUGAUAUACACAGGAAUCUGUAAAGAAGAAACUGCUGUUGCACUAUGCAGAUAUCAGUAUUUGUUUUUGUGUUCUGUGUAUAAAAACUGGAGAAAUUGCAAAAAAAAAAAAAAAAAAAAAAAAACGAAGAAAUUAGAUGCAUCCUACAGUUGUUGUUUUUUACUGAGUGAAGAUACUGAACCACCAGUGAACUCUUUAAUGAAUCCCAGACUACAGCUGAAUCUCCUCAAACAGCUACAGUCCUGACAGAGAUCUUCCAGAGCCCACACAAGUGCACAUUUUUUGGUGGGAGGUCUGCACGUUGACAUCUUCAUUUUCUCACCUGCACCGCACAGCUCGAAGCUUUCGAUGUCCUGUUGAAAUAACUUUCACACAGGACAACACAUCCAUGACUGCUGUCCCAGGUCCCUCUAAUGUGGGCAUACGGACAAUAAGAGAACCACCUUUCACCAGAAACCGCACUGGAGGACAGAGGAAUCAGUAGCAGGAAAGACACCAGCAUAGUGCAAAUCAAAGAACUCGUACAGGACCACAUACACUGAUGAGUAGAGGUAUGCAAAGACUAACAACUAAAGAAAAAAAGUCACAUUUUUGGAUCAUAUUGGACUUGGGUAACAGUAUUUUUGUCUGGUCUGCCUUGUGUACUGUGAUCCCUAAAAUUACUAUAAGAAGCUCUCAAUAAGGAAUUGGCAAUCAUUAGAAGAAAACCUUAGGAAACGGGAAAUGUAGCAAUACCGUAAGCACUUCUUUUACUUUUUUCUCGUCAACUGCAAUAAAAACAACAUGUAGACAAAUGUAAUAAAUGUCUUUAGGAGAAGUUUACUGUAAAUGUAGAUUAUUUAAAAAAGAAAUGAGAAACUGUUCAUGUUGGGGCAAUCUAAUUGUUAGAUUUAAACUAUUAAAUCAUUAAACUGAGUUUAUGGUCGAAAAAA